CUCGAGCCCCUCGGUUAGUCGUUGGUCAGUCGUUAACCAGAAGACAAGCGAUUUCGAGACCCUGCCACCAAUCGGGAAUUCGAAAAUGAUGAAAACCUCAAUGGACCAGAAGCGUCGCGUUUGCGUAAUAGGAGCUGGCACAGCCGGUCUGUGUGCCCUAAAGAACUCACUGGAAGCGGGAUUGGAUGCAGUGGCCUACGAGCGAGGAACCGAAAUCGGAGGAACCUGGAUUUUCUCGGAGGAAAUGCCCAAGGAUGAGUACGACGAGGUGCAUAGCAGUAUGUACGAGGGAUUACGAACCAAUCUGCCCAAGGAGGUCAUGGGUUAUCCGGACUACUCGUACCCCGACGACAUCGCCGAAUCCUUCAUCACCUCCAAUCAGGUGCUGCAAUUUCUGCGCUCCUAUGCGGAACACUUCAAGCUGAAGCCCCACAUCAAGCUGCAGCACGAGGUGAUAAGAGUGCGUCCUCGCUUGGACGACUGGGAGGUCUAUGUGUGGGACCACAGCACGGAUACCUGCGACCCGGUCUACUACGACUUCGUGUAUGUCUGCAACGGACACUACACCGAACCGGACAUACCGGAGGUGGAGGGAUGGGAUCUGUUCGAGGGCAAGAAGAUGCACAGCCACCUGUACCGGAAGGCAGAUAAGUUCAAGGACGAGCGUGUUCUGAUCAUUGGUGCUGGUCCCAGCGGAAUGGACAUCACCAACCACGUCCGUGUCGCCGCCAAACACGUGUUCCUGAGCCACCACCUGCCCCAGACCCCCAACACAGCUUUCAUGGGCAAUGUCACACAGAAGCCGGACGUGCAGCGUUUCACCCGGAAUGGAGCCGUAUUCACGGACGGCAGUACGGAAAGCUUCGACCACGUGAUGUUCUGCACCGGCUACAAGUACACAUUCCCCUGCCUGAGCACUGAUGUGGGUGUCCAGGUGAUAGACAACUUCGUGCAACCCCUUUGGAAGCACUGCAUCAACAUCAAUCACCCGACCAUGGCCUUUAUUGGACUGCCAUUCAACGUGAUCCCCACCCACAUCUUCGACAUGCAGGUGCGCUUCACGCUGAAGUUCUUUACGGGCCAGCGGGAGUUCCCCUCCCGCGAGGAGAUGAUCGCCGAGCUGGAACAGGAGAUCGGGGAGAGAUGGGGCUGCGGCGUUCACAACCACAAGAAAGCACAUCAGAUGGGCGAACGACAGUUUGUUUACUACAAUGAACUGGCAAGGAUCGCUGGCAUCGAAAACAUCAAACCGGUCAUCCACAAGCUAAUGAAGGACUGUGGCAAGAAGUACAUUUUUGAGUUGGAUACGUACAGAAGUAACCGCUAUACGAUCGUGGACGAUGACAACUUUUUGAAAAACGGAAAAGCUACCGCAUGACCAGUUUCUUCCUCUACUUAAACCAUAUGUUAGUCGAAUAAGAAUUUAAGUCUUACAACAAAUAACUCAAUAAACCUUCAAUAAAUUUUAAAA